CAGCACACUGCCACCCACAUCAGUGCGCACCUGACUAUCAGCGGUUUUAGGAUUACGAUGACUAUUACUAUCGUAAAUUACUCCUAGUUUUCGGGCAGAAGGCUCAUUCCAGAUAUUCCUGUCCCCUCUGAGGCCUCCCGACCCUGCCAGCCCAGGCAACCUCCCCCGCGCACGGACACCGUGACCCCAGCGCGGGCGCCGCCGCCGGACCCCCGUUACCUGGGGCCAAACGCGACUUGUCGCCACCUUGCGUCCUGGGCCCUGCCUCCCUCCCGGCCGCCUCCCGACCCCGCGGCUGCUGUGGAGGCGCCCCCAGCCCAGCCGGGCCCAGGCGGUGCGGGAUGCCUCGGCGGGGCUGGCGGCGGCGGCCGCGCUGCGCGCUCCGGCGGAGGGGAGGGGGCUCCGCGGCGGCGGCGGCGGCGGCAGCGGCAGCAGCGGCGGCGGCGGCGGGCCCGGCGGGGGGCAGAGCCAAGAGGCGCGGCAGCGGCAGCGGAGGAGUAGGAGGAGACGGAGGCGGAUGCGGGGGGCUGCGGACGGCGGCGAGGCCCUGUCCGCAGUGAAGCCCGCGGCGCCUAGGGCGCAGGGAGUGGCCGCCUCCUCCUGCGCGCACCAUUCCUGAGAUGGCGGCGGCGGCGGCGGCGCAGCGGCGGCUCGGGGAGCCCAGGAGGGGCCGCCCGGGAGCGGGCUGAGCCCCGCAGGACGGGGAGCUCGCCCAGGGCCGGCGGGGCGGCGGAGUGCGGGCCGGGCGGCCUGCGGGAUCGGCAAGGCAGGGGACGGCCCCGGGGCGGAGCGCACGGCCUGGUGAGGCCGCGAUGGCGAACGCGAGCGAGCCGGGUGGCAGCGGCGGCGGCGAGGCGGCCGCCCUGGGCCUCAAGCUGGCCACGCUCAGCCUGCUGCUGUGCGUGAGCCUAGCGGGCAACGUGCUGUUCGCGCUGCUGAUCGUGCGGGAGCGCAGCCUGCAUCGCGCCCCGUACUACCUGCUGCUCGACCUGUGCCUGGCCGACGGGCUGCGCGCGCUCGCCUGCCUCCCGGCCGUCAUGCUGGCGGCGCGGCGUGCGGCGGCCGCGGCGGGGGCGCCGCCGGGCGCGCUGGGCUGCAAGCUGCUCGCCUUCCUGGCCGCGCUCUUCUGCUUCCACGCCGCCUUCCUGCUGCUGGGCGUGGGCGUCACCCGCUAUCUGGCCAUCGCGCACCACCGCUUCUAUGCCGAGCGCCUGGCCGGCUGGCCGUGCGCCGCCAUGCUGGUGUGCGCCGCCUGGGCGCUGGCGCUGGCCGCGGCCUUCCCGCCCGUGCUGGACGGCGGCGGCGACGACGAGGACGCGCCGUGCGCCCUAGAGCAGCGGCCCGACGGCGCCCCCGGCGCGCUGGGCUUCCUGCUGCUGCUGGCCGUGGUGGUGGGCGCCACGCACCUUGUCUACCUCCGCCUGCUCUUCUUCAUCCACGACCGCCGCAAGAUGCGGCCCGCGCGCCUGGUGCCCGCAGUCAGCCACGACUGGACCUUCCACGGCCCGGGCGCCACUGGCCAGGCGGCCGCCAACUGGACGGCGGGCUUCGGCCGCGGGCCCACGCCGCCCGCGCUUGUGGGCAUCCGGCCCGCGGGGCCGGGCCGCGGCGCGCGCCGCCUCCUCGUGCUGGAAGAAUUCAAGACGGAGAAGAGGCUGUGCAAGAUGUUCUACGCCGUCACGCUGCUCUUCCUGCUCCUCUGGGGGCCCUACGUCGUGGCCAGCUACCUGCGGGUCCUGGUGCGGCCCGGCGCCGUCCCCCAGGCCUACCUGACGGCCUCCGUGUGGCUGACCUUCGCGCAGGCCGGCAUCAACCCAGUUGUGUGCUUCCUCUUCAACAGGGAGCUGAGGGACUGCUUCAGGGCCCAGUUCCCCUGCUGCCAGAGCCCCCGGACCACCCAGGCGACCCAUCCCUGCGACCUGAAAGGCAUUGGUUUAUGAGGGAGGCCCCGCCACAUAGACCCCCAACCCAGCCUUUCCCUUUGGCUUGGACGGUGACGUCGUAUCUUUUCCUUCUGGCCCCUGUUUAAUUUUCUAAGCUGCCUUCAAAAUGACUCGAAGUGGACAGACACUUGGAUUGUACUGACUCCUCUGGGGGUGGGGUGGGGUGGGGUGGGUGAGGAGUAGGAUGCUCAGCCCACUCCAGCUCCGCACAUUCGUCCUUCUAACUCGACUUUCUUCCUGACAGUAGGCCCUGCAGUCUUUUUGUACCGGUACUGACGUCUUUUAUUCCAUGUGUGGUUCCUUUUUUUCUUUUUCUAUAAAGGCUAUACUAAUUUUCUUCAUGCAACGUUUCCUAAAGACCAUGGCCAGUUUUCUACAGAAGCUAUUUUUGACAACCUCAAGUGGCAUUACAUUUUGCAGUGAAGUAGAGGAACCUAGGGGGACUUCUUCACAAGUUAGAUUUCUUGAGGAUCUUCUGUUGGAAGCAGGAGAAAGUGGGUGGGUGGGGGGGAGUUGUCUGAAAUGCCCUCUGAAUUGCCGGCUGCAGGGUCCUUCUGCUGCGCCGGUUCUUUGAAAGUGUCAGUGUUGAUAUUGAACUUAAAGAGCAGAGAUGGAGGUCAGUAGCAAGGCAGUCAUUUUUUUUAAAGCAGUAAGUAACAAGUAAGAUUUGGUUCCCGGUUUACUUUCUGCUGCUAAAAACCGCGUCAGUGACAACUGCUCUCUGUAUUAUAGCAAUCUUGAAUGGAAACAUUUCUGUCAAGUUGUAAGUUUUAAAAGAGUAAAGUGUUUUGGUUAGUAAUGAUGUGGAGAAAAAUACAGUAUUGCAUGUGUUCGUGUGUACAGAUUGUGGUUCGAGGAUUGGGAGGGCUCUGAGAAGCAGAGUACUACAUCAAAAUUGUUUUAAGUAUUUUUUGCCAAUAAAAAAAUUAAUUUUAUGGAAAUGGCUUGUGCUUUGAGAAGCCCAGUUUUAUUCUGUCUUAUGAAACUAAUUUCCACUUUGAAAAUUGUUCUUCUGUUGUUCAUGGUAUAAAUGAAUGGAAUAUAAUGAUACCCUCCUUCUAGGAAACAAAGCAUUUCCUUAAAAUGUUUGCUAGGUUAAGCUGUGCUGUUCUACUGAUGGUUGUUUUAAAUUAAUAAUGAGAACUAUAAUUUAAAUAAUAUUUCUUUGUUAGACAUUAUAAUGUUAAACUGAAAGACUAAAUUCUGCAAGUACUAUAUAAUAUUUUUGGCUUAUAAUGCUACAUUUUUAUUAAUGUACCUUCCGUUUUGAGGAUUUAUAUCUGUAUUUCUCUUUGCAUUAUACAAAUAUACCAGUAUUUUCAUUCUGGA